AUGAGCACUCAACAACAAAAGGAAAAGAAGACUGUUACUUUUAACACUCAACAACAAUCAAAUGGUGGAAAGAAGCAACAACAACAACAAUCAAACGGAAAAAAUAAUAACAACAACAACAAUAACAAUGGAAACAACAGAAAUAACAACAACAACAAUAACAAGAGAAAUGGAGGUGGUAAUAACAAGAAAAAGGAACCAGUUGAUGAGACUGUAAAGGCAGUAUCAGAGAUUAAAGAAGUAUUACCAAAAAUUGAAGAGAUUGAUAUCAGAAAGGCACUUGAAGCCAAUGAUAACGAUAAACAAAAGGCUUUGGAUACUUUGAUUGAAGAUAAACCAACAAGUUGGAGUGAUGUUAUUAAAAAGAAGGUAAAGGUUGUUGAAGAGACACGUUUUGUUGCAACUACUCAAAAGCAGCAGCAGCAGACAGGUGGCAAUAACAAUAGCCACCAACAAUUACAACCACCACAACAACAACCAUUCCACUUUACACAAACCAUUCAACAAUUUACCUAUGAACAAUCACAACACCAAUCACCCGAUCACUUUAUCAUUAUGCAAAACCAUCAACAACAACAGCAACAAUUGCACCCCGAACAAAUUGUUGGCACCAUUUCACGUUCGAUCGAUCAACAAUUAAGAGAUAUUGAAUCCAAGACAAAGAUUCUUCUCUCGCUUAAACAAGAGUUGGACGAAAUCAACGAUGCCAACCGCACUCAACUCAUUGCAUACCAACAAGAACAAGUUAACCUAAAACACGAAGAAGCCCAACUUGUCCAAGACUUGAACAGAGUCAGACAAAGACUAGCUUUUAUCGACGAUGAAAUCAACAGAAACGAAAUGGAAAAGUUAAAGAGAUUGAAAUCAUUCGAAGCAAAGAGUCAAUCAAAUGGUUUAUUAGCUCUUACUCAUUAUUAA